CUGUGAGGAGGGGGGCAAGCAUACAUCAGCUGAAACAGCAGCAGCAAUAGCAUCAAGAUCUGAUCUGCAUCCAGUUGUAUCCAAGGGCUGCAUCCCUCCUGAUGAUGCUGGUACCAGGAGUGUAGCAUUCCCUGCACCCUCCCCCUUCCUCUCUCUCUCCCCACUCCCCCUCCCCCUUGGAUGCAUCAGCAAAGAGGAACACAGAUCAAUUUCCCCCUUGCACCCCCCCAUUAACAAAAAAAAUAUAUAUCAACCCUAUGGUAAAAGAAUUACAAGGGGAGAAAAAAAUAAAUCCAACUUGGGAAUCUACAAGGACUGAGACUAGGAGCACAGGAGAAGACAAUCAGUCCACUGUCUAUUUCUCUCUCCUCCUUUUCUAUUGUUCUAACCUGGGAGGAAAGGACAGGCCUUUUUUUAAAAAAAGGGGAAAAAAACAAAGGUAGGCACCAUGUCAAGUGGCAAGGAGGCAGGUGGAAUUCAUCCUUACCAGCAGCAGCAACAUGCCCAGUAUGUUGGACCCUACAGGCUGGAGAAAACCCUUGGCAAAGGACAGACAGGGCUGGUAAAACUAGGAGUUCAUUGCAUAACAGGACAGAAAGUGGCAAUAAAGAUAGUAAAUCGAGAAAAACUCUCAGAGUCUGUCCUUAUGAAGGUGGAAAGAGAAAUUGCUAUCCUCAAGCUGAUUGAACAUCCCCACGUCCUCAAGCUGCAUGAUGUGUAUGAGAAUAAGAAAUAUUUAUAUUUAGUCCUUGAACACGUAUCCGGUGGAGAACUUUUUGACUAUUUGGUUAAAAAAGGCCGGUUAACUCCAAAAGAGGCUCGAAAAUUCUUCCGACAAAUCAUAUCCGCCCUUGAUUUCUGUCACAGUUACUCCAUAUGCCACAGAGACCUGAAGCCUGAAAAUUUAUUAUUAGAUGAAAAAAACAACAUUCGAAUAGCAGAUUUUGGAAUGGCGUCACUGCAGGUCGGCGACAGUUUACUUGAGACCAGCUGUGGGUCUCCUCACUAUGCAUGCCCAGAGGUGAUCAAGGGAGAGAAGUAUGAUGGGCGACGGGCCGAUGUGUGGAGUUGUGGAGUCAUACUGUUUGCUCUCCUAGUGGGAGCAUUGCCCUUUGAUGAUGAUAACUUGCGCCAACUUUUAGAGAAGGUGAAGCGUGGAGUAUUUCAUAUGCCACAUUUUAUUCCUCCGGACUGUCAAAACCUCCUGAGAGGCAUGAUCGAGGUGGAACCAGAGAAGAGACUUAGUUUGGACCAGAUACAGAAACACUCCUGGUAUUUGGGAGGCAAAAAUGAACCAGAGCCCGAGCAGCCUACACCGCGGAAAGUGUCUAUCAGACGGAUUCACUCAGUCAGCGAGUUUGACCCAGAUGUACUGGACAGUAUGCAUUCCUUGGGCUGCUUCAGGGACAAAACCAAAUUGAAGCAAGAACUUCAGAAUGAGGAUGAAAAUCAAGAAAAAAUGAUUUAUUACCUUCUCCUUGAUCGUAAGGAGAGAUACCCAAGUUGUGAAGAUGAAGAUCUUCCUCCCCGAAAUGACAUAGAUCCUCCUCGCAAACGAGUGGAUUCCCCAAUGCUUAACCGACACGGAAAACGCAGACCUGAACGAAAGUCUAUGGAAGUUUUAAGUGUGACAGAUGGAGGUUCCCCCGUUCCUGCCCGACGAGCCAUCGAAAUGGCACAGCACAGUCAAAGGUCCAGAUCUGUGAGCGGUGCUUCAACUGGCCUUUCAUCAAGUCCACUUAGCAGUCCGAGGAGUCCCGUUUUCACUUUCUCCCCUUCACCGCUGGAGGCCACUGAUGGGGAGGACCCCAGAGCCAUCUGGCAAUCCAAAGCUGCUCACCGUCAGCCUGACCCGAAGACCCAGACACUGCCUGCUAAGUCCAGCCUGGGAGAAAAGCCCCUCCAAACUAUUAAAUCUAAUCCUUUACCCAUUACCAUGACUGCUUCCUCCCCACCGCAUGAAUCCUCAUCCUCACCUCAUCGCUCCCCGUUAUCCCCCCCCUUUUUCCCCUCCUCACUGCCCGCUCGUUUUUUCCCUGGUACUAAAUCCACCACCAAAUCUAUCCCUUUGCCGCAGGUGACCCCUCACCCUUCUCCCCGAGGUAGUCCCCUCCCUACCCCGCUGGGCACCCCAGUGCAUACGCCCAAGGACAGCCCGACUGGGACGCCCAGUGGCACCCCUCCCUCAAGUCCUGGUGUUGGUGGGGUGGCUUGGAAGACACGACUCAACUCCAUCAAGAAUAGUUUCCUUGGAUCUCCACGAUUCCACCGUCGGAAAUUACAAGUACCAACUCCUGAAGAAAUGUCAAGUCUUACGCCUGAAUCCUCACCUGAGCUUGCGAAAAAGUCUUGGUUUGGUAAUUUCAUUAACCUAGACAAGGAAGAACAGAUCUUUGUGGUCAUUAAAGACAAACCUCUUAGCUCAAUCAAAGCUGACAUAGUCCAUGCUUUUCUAUCGAUCCCCAGUUUAAGUCACAGCGUGAUCUCUCAGACCAGCUUUCGGGCAGAGUAUAAAUCAUCAGGGGGCCCAGCAGUCUUUCAGAAACCUGUAAAAUUUCAGGUGGACAUCAGCUACUCAGAAGGAGCAGAGGCACAAAAGGAGAAUGGAAUCUAUUCUGUGACCUUCACUCUUAUAUCAGGUCCCAGUCGAAGGUUUAAGAGAGUGGUAGAAACUAUUCAGGCACAAUUGCUGAGCACGCAUGACCAGCCUUCAGUUCAAGCCCUAGCAGGAGCAAAUGUUACAGCAAGAACCCAGAUGGAGUGUUCCUUGGAUCAUCUUCUGUUCUUGCCACCAGAUGAGAAGAACGGACAGCAAAGCCGACCUCCAGGCACUCCAACAAGAAGCUGCCAGAACUCGAGGCGCUCUGAACCUGACAUGGCAGAGCACCACCGGAGAGGAUCUUCUAAGGACAAGAAACUUUUGGCUUCUAAUGGAACGCAAACUCAACCAUGACCUGGGGGGGAAAUGUUAGGAGCCAGAGGACAGACCUGGCACAACUAUGAACAACUACUGCAAAAUGAACAAAACAACGCAAGAGAACGCAGCUCCCGAUGUCUGAGAAGAAAUUCACAUGGAUACGUCUACAUACAUCAAUAGGCACACACACACACAUUCUACUUAAGAUGUACACAAGUACUUUCUCAUGCAUACAAAAUUGUAGAAUGAGAACAAUGCCUAAAGAUACCAAAUUGUUCAUACACACACGUACAGAUGCACGAACAUACAGAGAAAAGAGCACACACGAAAAAAAGUGCGGGUGGCAGGAACUAAAUGUUGGCGUUACUGUGAAGAUGUAAAUAUUUCCAAAAAAUCAAAAAUGACAAAAAAAAUAAAAUUGCAAACAACAAAUGGAAAUCAAGGGAAUAAACCGGAAUGAAAACAUAACAAAUUUAUGAAGAAAAUGAAAUUCUGCGUUAAUAACUUAUUUUUCUUUCGUUCUUUUUUUUUUUCUUUCUUUUCAAAUCUAUUUAUUUAUUUAAUAUUUAUUUAUUUAUUUGGAAAUUGCCUGGGAGUGGGGCUGUUUAACUUUGUCUGUUUGUGUAAUUGUCAUUUGAUUUCAUUUCCCUGUUUUUCAACGGCAGCUGAAGCCAAAAGACCCAUUAGCACCUCCUGAUGUGCUGUUUCAUGAUUCAAACCUGGAUAACUACACUUUGUAUCCCUCCCUUUCCCUCUUCCCUUCAACGGAGUUCUAGUCUUGGUGUAACUACAGUACAUAUUUGCACAUGUAUGUAAUGGCAAUAUCAUACUAUUGGAAUGAAGAAAGUUACAGACCACUGGUCUGUCGAAUUUUUAAAAUGUUUAGUGGAGCCUCAGUCUGCAAACCAACUGGCUGUUUUAGAAUCAAUUUUAGAAGGGCUUCUUCCAAAAACUAACCACUGCAUGUGCAAAUUAUGUUGUCUUUGUAUGUAAAAUACUUCAGGGGCAAAAGUACAGAAAUGAAUUCAAUGAAAUGGGCGAAUCACCCCUUUCAGAUAUUCAGUUAUAAAAA